UAAUGAGAAGCCGAUAUCCUGCUGCCUGGACAGAAUGUCUGCGAGUGGCUUGGAGCCUGCGGAGGGAAAAGCCCCGACUAAGUUACAGCCUCCCAAAGUGAACACUUUAAGCAUGAUGGACAAAAAGCUGAAUCUGUUGAAUGAAAAAGUGGACAAAUUGUUGCAUUUCCAGGAAGACCUGACAGGCAAGCUGGCGCGAGUUUGCAAAGGCAUUGAUGAUAUAGAAAAAGACAUUAACAAGCUAACAUUAUCCCAAGCAGCUCCUGAUGAGAAUGAUGCAAUGAAAAAUGUCCUAAAACUAUCGGACGCUACGCACCAGGCUGAUAUCCAGAGCAUCUGCUCCGAAGUGCUGAAACUGAUGAAAGCUGUCCAGCUAGAUGCCUCGAAGCAUAAGGAGAGGCUGACAAAGAUAGAGAAAAGGGUUGAUACGCUGGAUAAAGUUAUUACGUUUAUGGGAGAAAUAUUUAAAAAUUCAAAAGUAGUGGAUUUUAUUCUCAAAGGCAUUGUUCCCUGGAAGAAGGGGAGUCUACUGGAAAUCCAUGUGGAGGAUUUUACAAGAAUAAUGUUCCCUCUGGUCGUUGUUGCAGGUUUGUUUAGAGCUGUAAUAAAAAUGGCCAAAGAUAAACCUGAAGAGAGUGGUGCAAAACCUAAGCAUGUGCUUAGUAAUAGAGGAACACAGACGGAGAGCAAGAAGCUGGUGGAAGAGACUAAAAGUGGGAAAAAAUUGGAUGAAAACAAUGGAGCAUGUGAGAAGGUGACCUCUUCCACUGCAACAAUUCACAAAGUUGACCCUAAACCCCAAGUUAAAGAGAGAACAGCACAGCUGCAGGGAGCAGAAGGUGCUGGCAAAACACAGGGCUCUAAGAUAUGUCAGCAACCAAAGGACAUUGGUGUCAAAGCUUUGAAUCAACACAAUGGCCUCCCCUCACUGCAUCAAGAACCUGUAGGGCCCCAAAAUGCUCCUGCCAAAGCAAAGGAUGUGGACAGAGCCCCGCAUCUGGAAGAGCAUCACAAGCAGCUUCUUCAUCAGAAAGUUGGGGAGAAAGAACCCAACCCGGCCCGGCUGGGCGCAGCCUCCCGGGAAGCGGCGCCCUCCACGUCCCGGGCCGUGUCUGACGCAGGCGGCGAAGUGACGCGCACCAGGAUAUCCAUCAGUGUGCAUAUGACUGAAACGAAGGAACAGACUGAAAUAAACAAGCAAAGAAGCUUUAAUGAUCACAGAGGUAAAAGUCUGAAGGAAAAAAAUCCGUCCUCCACACCAGCUGAAACAGAAGCAGUGAAACAGCUGCCUGACAAAUUAAAACUUAAUCAGAGUCCUAGAAACACCAGCACUGAGACAAAUCAAGAAGUAAAAGGGGACAAUAAGCAAAGUCAGCCUGCGUCUCAGUCAUGGAAGCAGCAGAUGUUACUGAGCAAGCCUAAACCAGCUAAAAAGGCUGAAGAGAAAUCAGAAUUAAAAUGCAAGGUUAUAACCUCACAGAAGACCUCUGCAAAGGAGCUGAAGAAAGAUCAGGGGAUAGAAGUGAAAAUCCAUCCAGAAACCAGCAAAGCAGAAGAAUCCCUGAAGGAUGUCAACUCUGAGAGGAGGGAGUCUGAGCUCACCUCUUCAGGAGGCAGUGGAAAUGAUGCAAAUCAGUGUGCAGGAAUGGCACCGGGGAAGACUAAACCAUUAGAAGACAGCAAAGAGCCUCCUCAACAGGAUGGCAUGAUUAUUGAUGACAGCCCUUCUCCUCCAGCUCCUUUUGAACAUCGCACGGUGAGCGUCAAACAAACAGAGGUGACAACGUGUUACUCGGUGUGUCGUCAUGAAGUACUAGGGGGGGGACGCUUUGGGCAAGUUCAUAAAUGCACAGAAAUAUCAACAGGUCUCAACCUGGCAGCCAAAAUCAUAAAAGUGAAAGGAGCAAAAGAAAAGGAGGAAGUGAAAAAUGAAAUUAACAUCAUGAAUCAGUUAAAUCAUGUGAAUCUGAUCCAGCUUUAUGAUGCUUUUGAAGGCAAAAAUAAUGUCACUUUGAUCAUGGAAUAUCUUGAUGGUGGUGAGCUGUUUGACCGGAUCACUGAUGAAAACUACAAUCUAACAGAGUUAGAUGCAAUCCUAUUUACCAAGCAAAUUUGUGAAGGGGUCCACUACUUGCACCAGCAUUAUAUUCUCCAUUUAGAUCUGAAGCCUGAAAACAUAUUGUGUGUAAAUCACACUGGAAAUCAGAUUAAAAUUAUAGACUUUGGAUUAGCAAGAAGGUACAAACCUCGUGAGAAGCUGAAAGUUAAUUUUGGCACUCCAGAAUUCUUGGCUCCUGAAGUGGUGAACUAUGACUUUGUUUCCUUCCCAACGGACAUGUGGAGUGUGGGUGUCAUCACAUACAUGCUGCUAAGCGGCCUCUCCCCCUUCCUGGGAGAAACUGAUGCAGAGACGAUGAACUAUGUAGUCAAUUGCAGCUGGGAUUUUGAUGCAGAAGCAUUUGAACAGCUAUCAGAGGAAGCCAAAGACUUCAUUUCCAGACUACUUGUGAAGGAGAAGAGCUGCCGGAUGAGCGCAACGCAGUGUCUGAAGCACGAGUGGUUGAACAACCUGCCUGCCAAAGCCAAGAAGUCCAAGCGUUGCCUCAAGUCCCAGUUGUUGCUGCAGAGUUACAUGGCUCAGAGGAAGUGGAAGAAACAUUUUUAUGCAGUGGCUGCUGCUAACAGGCUGAAGAGAUUUCAGAGCAUGUCUGUCAAGCUUGCCUGAGUUGUCUGAAGCAUCUGCUGCUCUUGCACAUGGACAUCAAGCCGUGAAAGGAGGACUCUUUUUUUCCCAAUAAUUUCUAUCCCUUUCUUUGAUAAGGUUUCGGGUCUGUUCUCAGAUAUUACGUGCGUUAGAGUGCUUAGGUGGCAGAAGCGCCUCGGCGCAGAAGCACAGAAAUAAUUUCUAAAAGCAGAAACAACCUUACUUGUUUUAUAAGAUUUUUAGUUACUGGAGAUGGUGAUGCAAAAACAUGGCAGUUAGUGGGACUGGCUUCUUGCUGAAGGGUUUGAUUCUACAGAGAUCUGUUGUUUUGUUUAUACCAGAAAACACCUUAGCAUUUUUCUGCAUUCUCAUAUCAAACAAAAACUCUAAGGACUUUUUCUUUACGCUAAUAUACUUCAUCAAUUUUAGAGAACUGCCACAACAAUGGCAAGCUGUUCCUAAAGCAGAAGAGAUCAGAUAUCCUGUUUUUCUGUAUUUUUUCUCCAGAGAUUUCUUUUUUUUUCCUCUAAAACAUGACAACUACACAAAAUUGAAUACAUAUCAAUAUAUCUAUAUAUGUAUGCACACCACACUGAGGGAUAUGUGUGUAACGUCUACUGUUUCCUCUAAAAAACAGUCACUGUAUACUUUGGGAACAUGAGGAUUCCUGGUUUGAAAGCAACUUGUUUCAACAUGUCCUUUGCUGAUUUUCAUUUUUAAUACUAAGCUGAAUUGAUCUGAAUUAAAUUGCAAUAAUCUUCUUCAGGAAAGACGACACUUCCAGGCGUGGAAUUACAUAUUGUUCAGACUUGUAAAGAUUUCUCAUUGACUGGGAUUGUGGUAUUUAAAUUUGUAAAUUAUAAUCUGAGGACUUUUCUUCCUUCUUGGCAAUUGUGAUUAAAUCUACCUGAGAUGCUGGUAUGUUGGGAUAUGCAGAACAGUUGCACUGCUCAGUGGCUGGGAAGUGGUGAGG